AUGGGACUCAAAGAUGUCAACUGCGUGUUGGCGCUGCUCAUCAGUCUGGGAGGUCGUGAGAACACAGUUGGCGUAAGCGGCCUUCUUCUGGGGGGUGCUCUUAAGGGCGGAGCAUGUAACUUUGGCCUGGUCGCCAAAUUCGUGCUCAAAACCUUUCCCUCACGCAACCCCUAUGGCGGGGUCAUGAUGAUUGACGGCAACACCAACGGGCACCCCGAAGAUACUGGGUUCGCAGCUGCUGCGUGGAGUCUAAGUGGUGGGAAAAGAAUGUCUUUCGUUGUUGCUGACAUUGAGGGGCAAUCCAACUCAACGGCUUUCGCGGGACUUGAAGUUCUGUCUCCCGUGGUCGACGUGCGGGCAAACCUCCCAGUGACCAGCACUGCUGCCCAAAUCACAUCGCCGAGUGGCGAGUACCAGGUUUGA